AUGCCUGAUCCAAAAGUUUCUUAUGCCCCCAUAAAACGUGGGAGUGAGGAUCUGCUUCUGAGAUUAAUCUUUGAUUGGAAUAAAGAGAUAAUAUUCGCGUUCUCAACUCAUGUCACACGCGAAUGGUUUCUUAUCCAUGGGGCGCCUGCAUCUGUAGUUGUGUUUGGAGUGUUGGGAGGAUCAGGGCUAUUGUUGUUGACUUGGCAAAACUUCAUGGGCAAUCAUCGAACAUUAGUGAGCAUGAAGUGGCCGAAAAUUGCUUUAUAUACAUUAAUAUUUACCGCACAGAUAUAUUUCUGGUUUAUUGGAUUGUCCAAGUUAAAAACUACAAGGACCGUGAUGUUAACACAAUAUGCAGACUUGUGGAGCAUGUCUUUUGUGGCGUACUUUGUUGGAAACAGUUCAUCAUCUAAUUCGACAUCGACGUCCCGGGGCGUUCAUUUUAUAAUUUCGACUGUAGUUUUAUCUUUUAUUGCAGAUUGUACACAUAUACUUAUAGAAACUCCCACAAAAUCGACAAUACUAUUGGCUCAAGACACAGACAAUUUCAGAAAAAAAGGUUUUCAUGAAAACAGUCCAAUUAAGAAUCUGAUUAUUGGGUAUAUUUUCAUUCUGGGUUCUGUUUGUUUGUCUGGAUACAAACGGACGUUGGGAAAGAAGUUGGCCGCUGAUGUGGGAGGAAAUCGUCGCUUGUUUGCAAUUUCAGUACCACUUGGUGCAUUGAUGAUAUCACCCUUAGCUUUUGUGCAAUACCUUGUGUAUACCACGAAUUACGCAGGGAGCAUUAAUUCUGCCAUAAUUCUAUUUGGAGGUUUGGGAAUUGGGCUAAUGAUUUUUGAUUACUUUGUUUGUCAUUCGGUCAGCAUUCAGGCCUCAACCAUAUCACAUAUAUCGACUGGCUGGCCCUUAUCGAUCGCAAGUAUUAUUAUAUGGGGUUUGAUUUGGUUCCAUGGGGAAUUUUCAAUCUUGGACAUUAUCUUCUGUGUUAUUAUGUAUGUGGGGAUUUAUAAUCUUAUAUUGUCGGAUGCGCACUAUGCUGCAGAAACUCAGUUCCCGUCGCCAGGGAUUAGUGGUAGAGCAUUUGAUCUUCCACUUCACAACAACUCUGUUCUUGUAAGGGGAUCAGGGAUUUCUGAAUCCAUUGGAUUCUAUCUGAAGUUGAUUUUCGAAAACGGAGAUUCCAGGCAAAUUUUUUAUUUCCUACUGUUAAACAUGAGCUAUAUGUUUGUUCAAGUAAUAUAUGGCAUAUGGACCAAUAGCCUGGGUUUGAUUUCGGAUGCUAUUCACAUGUUCUUUGACUGCAUGGCGCUGGCUGUUGGAUUGUUUGCCUCCGUCAUGAGUAAAUGGCCAGAGAACAACAAGUUCACAUACGGUUACGGGCGUAUCGAGACAUUAUCUGGGUUUGCUAAUGGAAUAUUUCUCGUUCUGGUUUCGAUAUUUAUCGUGUUUGAAGCUAUCGGCCGUUUAUUCGAACCACCAGAAAUGAACACCGACAAAUUACUGUUGGUGAGCUUCGUGGGGCUUAUUGUGAAUCUUAUUGUUCCACGUGCCAAGUUUAAUCCUCGAUGCAUAACUUUAGGAAUUUAUCUGCACAUAUUAGCAGACACGCUUGGAUCGGUUGGAGUUAUAGUGUCUACAAUCUUAAUUCAGAAAUUUGGUUGGACGGGGUUUGAUCCAUUGGCAUCAUUAUUGAUUGCUGGAUUAAUAUUCACGAGUGUGCUGCCCCUGAUAAAACACUCCGCUUCCGUUUUAAUGCUUUCAGUAACUGGUGACCUCGAUCGUAAUAUUUCCGAAGGCUUACAUGAGUUAUUGCACAUUCCUAAUAUAAAUUCAUACACAAUGCCACGAUUCUGGCCUAAUGAUGCUGAAUGCAUAAUUGGUAGUAUACAUGUUCAAACAACAAAUGAGGCGAAUGAACAAGCAAUCAUAUCGGAAGUCACUAAAAUAUUAAAAUCUCAUAUCAAUGGUUUGGAGGAAUUAACUGUGCAGGAAAUACUUCGUAGGAAUUAA